GUGUGCAUAUGGCCGAAUUCUACGGUACUGAUUACAUCGCAAAUUCGUUGCUAUUUCACGCGUUCGAGCAAAAAUACAUGGACGUGAAUGUGGGACCAGAGUCGAGUCCACAGUUGAAGAAUCUUUUGCUGACAUCGUGCGAUGGUUUUUGUAUAGGGGAGUUUUUGGGUGCACUCUCCGAGCAAUACCCACAUCGCGAGGUUGAAGUGCAAUUCGCU